AUGCUACACACAAACAGCAGCAAACUGCAGCAGCAGCAGCAGCAGCAGCAGCAGCAGCAGCAGCAGCAGCAACAGCAACAGCAGCAGCAGCAGCGAAGAAAAAACGAUAAAAAACGAGCAGAAACGCAUCGUCUGGCACAUAUCAACGAGCAGCAGCAGCAGCAGCAGCAGCAGCAGCAACAAGAGAAACAACAGAAGCAACAAAAGCAGCAGCAGCAACGAAAACAACAACAACAGCAGCAACAGCAGCAGCAGCAGCAGCAACAGCAACACCAACAGCAACAGCAACAACAACAACAACAAAAGCAGCAGCAGCCGCAGCAGCAGCAACAACAACAACACCGACAGCAACACCAACAGCAACAGCAACAACAACAAGAACAACAACAACAGCAGCAGCAGCAGCAGCAGCAGCAGCAGCAGCAGUAG